AUGGGUGAUUCAGCAGAGGACAGAGCGAAGCUGAUCAGCCAACAGGAACUGUGUGUCCCUGACAAGCACGCCACCAAAUGCCCCUGCUGUUCCACACUCAAGCAGUACAUCGUGGUCCUGUCGUCCGCCUCCUUCUCCAAGGCUCUGUCAGGGAACUACAUGAAGAGUGCCAUCACAGAGAGACACCUUGACCUGUCCAGCUCUCUCAUCGGACUCAAAGAUGGCAGCUUUGAGAUGGGUAACCUGAUGUUCCUGGCUGUGGUCAGCCAUUUUGGGGCGAAGCUGCACCGGCCCAGGCUCAUUGCUAUGGGCUGUUUCCUCAUGGCUGUAGAAUCCUUCCUCACAGGCCUGCCACACUUCUUCAUGGGACGGUAAAAACAACUGAAAUACUGG